AUGGACCCCCGAGGACUUGAGUGGACUCAGUGCUCAGCGGCGGACUUCCCUUUGGGGGAGGAACUUUUCCGGGAUGAAGAGGAGGACUUGAAUGAUCAGAAACUUUCUCAGACCAAGGCCCCAAGAAGAACAUGUCCUGUGCCUCCUCACCCCGUGGGCUGGAUCCCAGGCUUGGUCUGGUCCCAAACUUAUCAGGGUUACACGCCUGUCAGCUCUGGAUCUUCCUCCAUUCCUCCUAGCAGCUCUGUGGCCGCAGCCCAGCUGGACUCAAAAGGGACAAAGGCAAAGCUUUCCCUUCAAGAGAAUGCUCACGCGGGGGACGUCAAGCUGGCUGUAAGCCAAAGGGAUGGGGACCCCUCACCCAGCCAUGAGAAAUCUGCUCUCACUUCUCUUUCUCUCUUCUCUGGCCCCAUAACAGAACUCAUUAAGUGUCGGAUGUGUCACUUCCAGUUUCCAGGACAGAAGUGUUUGCGAGGCAGAGGACUAUGCUUAGCAGCAGAGCAUGAGGUUUGUGCAACUCUGAAGAUUUUCACUACAGAUGGUGCUCCCUGGUUAACCGUCAUGGGUUGCAAGAUAAAGUGCGCUAAUGUGAACCACAUAAAGUGGAGCAACUAUUUGGUGAAUUUCCGGUGCUGCAGGGGCUAUGACCGGUGUAAUGAACACCUCUAA